CUCUCCCUCUCUCCCUAUACAUAUAUAGCCGUCCCGUCUCUCUCUACUCUUUCAUCACCAACUCCAAACCAUGCCGUCUCUCUCCGACCAACCCCUCAUCCACCAUCUCCAACAAUUUGAGUUCAAGACCCUCACCGAGGUUCCCGACUCCCAUGCAUGGCCCGUCGUAAACGACCAUCCUCACGGCGACGACGCCGUCCCGGUCAUCGACCUAGCGUGCCCGGAUGCCGCACGUCUCAUCGGCCAAGCAUGCGAGGAGUGGGGGGCGUUCCAGAUCACCGGGCACGGCGUCCCUGUUGAUCUCCUGGACCGCCUCGAGGCACAGACGCGCCGCCUGUUCUCUCUCCCCACCGGUCAGAAACUUAAGGCGGCCCGCAGCCCCGGUGGCGUGACGGGAUAUGGCAUCGCUAACAUCUCCGCCUUCUUCUCCAAGCUCUUCUGGUCCGAGGGCUUCACCAUCGUCGGAUCCCCUCACGACGAAGCCCGCAAACUCUGGCCCGACGACUCCGCCGAGUUCUGUGGUGCGAUCGAGGAAUACACAAGUUGGAUGAAGCCUCUGGGUUGCAGGUUGAUGCUGCUGAUGCUAGCCUCGUUGGGCCUCAGCGAGGGCGAGAUCGAUUGGGCCGUACCAUCAAAUGACACCACCCACGAGGCGCCGGCGCCUGUGAUCCAGCUGAACUCGUACCCAGCCUGCCCCGAUCCCGACCGGGCGAUGGGCCUAGCCGAGCACACCGACUCCAGCCUCUUCACCGUCCUCUACCAGGGCAGCGUACGCGGGCUUCAGCUGCUGCACGGCAACCACCCCACCAGGCGCGCCAGGUGGGUGACGGUGCCGCCCCUUCCGGGAGCCCUCGUCGUCAACGUGGGCGACCUCUCUCACAUACUCUCCAAUGGGCGGUUCCAAAGCGUCACGCACCGGGCCAUCGUCAACCGCACGCAGACUCGCAUCUCGGUGGCGUACUUUUAUGGGCCGCCAGCCCACUUCAAGAUCGCACCCAUCGAGAAGCUGAUGGGUCCACAACAGGGCCCAGCCUAUCGGGCUGUGACGUGGCCCGAGUACCUGACGCUCAAGAGGAGACUCUACAACCAGGCGCUGGCGUCCAUAAGACUGCCAACCGAAGGGGAGGAGGAGAGUCGCACGAAUACCUCCGAGAUAAUAACAGCUGCGUACACAAGGAGGCAUGGAGAAGCAAAGGUAUAGAUUGGAGCAGUGGUAGCGUUAGGUGUAAGACUAAGGGCCUUCAUGUUCGACCGUAGCCAUUCCCCUAUGCUUACUCGGCUGCAACAGGACCCGACCAAAAUGACAACCAAUAAGAGCAGAAAGUGUUUGCAAACAAAACAAUGGUUGUUCUGCAAGAUAAGCUUGGGAGACAUGUUUGUUAAUCUGUUUCGGUUUGAUAUGGCAAAAGGCAAACAUGGCAUGUCCGAAUGGUCCCGCCACUGUAGGAAUCCGACCGAAAAGA